AUGGGUCGUCAAGAGAGCGGGUCGUCAAGAGAGCGGGUCGUCAAGAGAGCGGGUCGUCAAGAGAGCGGGUCGUCAAGAGAGCGGGUCGUCAAGAGAGCGGGUCGUCAAGAGAGCGGGUCGUCAAGAGAGAGGGUCGUCAAGAGAGCGGGUCGUCAAGAGAGCGGGUCGUCAAGAGAGCGGGUCGUCAAGAGAGCGGGUCGUCAAGAGAGCGGGUCGUCAAGAGAGCAGGUCGUCAAGAGAGCAGGUCGUCAAGAGAGCAGGUCGUCAAGAGAGCGGGUCGUCAAGAGAGCGGGUCGUCAAGAGAGCGGGUCGUCAAGAGAGCGGGUCGUCAAGAGAGCAGGUCGUCAAGAGAGCAGGUCGUCAAGAGAGCGGGUCGUCAAGAGAGCGGGUCGUCAAGAGAGCGGGUCGUUAAGAGAGCGGGUCGUCAAGAGAGCGGGUCGUCAAGAGAGCGGGUCGUCAAGAGAGCGGGUCGUCAAGAGAGCGGGUCGUCAAGAGAGCGGGUCGUCAAGAGAGCGGGUCGUCAAGAGAGCGGGUCGUCAAGAGAGCGGGUCGUCAAGAGAGCGGGUCGUCAAGAGAGCGGGUCGUCAAGAGAGCAGGUCGUCAAGAGAGCAGGUCGUCAAGAGAGCAGGUCGUCAAGAGAGCAGGUCGUCAAGAGAGCAGGUCGUCAAGAGAGCAGGUCGUCAAGAGAGCAGGUCGUCAAGAGAGCAGGUCGUCAAGAGAGCAGGUCGUUGA